AUGGCGCCGGCGGACGCGUCCCAGGACGCCGGGCGAGGGAACGAGGGGGGGCGGGAGAAAGAGCCGAAGGCCGCGUCCAAGACGCCCGAAGCCCAGGCGAGGCGGCCCGGCGGCACAGCCUUCGCAUCGGCCUUCGCGUCGCAGGCCUUCGACGGCGAGGGGGACGCGGACCCCGCCGGCGCAGAGUCCAUGGCCGCCCGGGAGAAAGACGCAACCCCGGCGGAGGGCGGCAAGCCGGCAGCCGGCAAGCCGCUGGCCAGAGCGUCCGGAGGGGCGGCGCGCGCGAGCGUGUUCGCCGACUUUGCGGACGAAGGAGGACAAGGGAACAAGGAGGCCGAAUCGCCCGAAAGCCCCACAAGGACGCCCAUCGACCUCAGCCAGGCGGGCUCGAUGAUGCACAGGCUGAUGGAGAAAGAUAGAAACGACAUCGAUCCUCGGGACGUUCACAAGCUUCUGCCGGGGCAGCUGCUUUCAUCAGCAAGCCUGGAUCUGAAUGUUGACCUUCUGCAGAAAGCAAUUGCGAUUGCAGCACAAACGGAGUUGCAGCGGGAGCAGGGCAGCCGACCAAGCAGUGCUGCUGGAAAGGGGAAUGGGCAGGACGGUGACGAUGGCGGUGAUCAAGAUGGCUGCAUGUAG